AAUAGUGCUUUUACUAACGUUUCGCAGAUGAGUAUAGUCAGUCAACUGGUAACAGCCUAACAAACUUCAAAACAAGUAAAUAACGGAAAUAAUGAACUUCAGAUUUGGGCGAAGUCAGAGAUGAGUGAGAAGGACAAAGACAGGGAUAUGUGUGGACUGCAAAGUUUUCCACCCUGCACAGGAGCAUUACCGUAUCUCCUUAAUGGUUUUCUUUUCCUGCUCCUCCAGAAGGAGGUACUUGGCUGUCCAGCUGUUUGCCAGCUCUGCACAGGGAGGCAAGUUACCUGUCGUAACUUGGGUCUUUCAAGCAUCCCCCGGAACUUCCCCAAAACUGCAAUUCUUGUAUACCUCAGUGGGAAUAAUAUAUCGCAUGUCAUUCCAAAUGAAUUAAGAGGUCUUCAGAAGCUUGCUGCACUUUACAUGGAAAAUUCCAGUAUUUCGUAUGUACAUCCAAAAGCUUUUGUGGAACUCCCUAAUCUGUGCUACCUGCAUCUAGAUAACAAUAAUAUUAAACGCCUGGAUCCAGGAACCUUUGAAGGUCUUUCCAAUCUUCGUUAUUUAUACCUUCAGAAUAAUCAAAUAGCUUUUGUUUCCAGAGGAUUAUUUAGUGAUCUCCUUUCUGUUAGAUAUUUAACACUUCAAAGAAACCGCCUCAGUGUUCUUGGAAGUGGAACUUUCUUAGGAAUGAUAAGUCUUCAAACACUUAAUCUAGCCAAUAAUAAGAUUUCACGGAUAUCAGAUUCAGCAUUUUAUCAUCUUGAAAACCUUGUAUAUUUGUUCCUUGAAGGUAACAAUUUAACACUUGUGCCAUCAAAUGCCAUUGGAAGGCUCAAAAACCUUGAAAGACUUUCUUUGUCUCACAAUCCUAUUCAGUCAGUGCAUCAUUUUGCAUUUAGAGGACUUAACAAGCUUAAGUAUUUGUCUUUAAAAAGUGUAAAGCUAAAAGAGAUUUCUGCAAAUGGUUUUUUUGGAUUAAAUAAUCUUAGUCAGUUAAUCUUAAGUUAUAAUGAUUUAGAAAAUAUAAAUUCCAGUACUUUUACUUUAUUGAACAAUUUAAUGUAUCUGCAGUUAGACAGAAAUAAAAUAACCAGUAUUGGUGAUGGUACCUUUGAAAAAAUGGGACAGUCACUUAAAAUACUCAGUUUAGCAUUUAAUAAUAUUACAGAGUUGCAACCUGAAGUGCUGAAGCCCCUGGUGUCUUUAACUCAUCUACAGGUAAACUACAACCCUUGGAACUGUAGCUGCAAAAUGCUUGGGUUGCUGAAUUGGCUAGCAUCAUCUCCUAUUUCUGUUAAAAUUCACUGUCAAAAUCCCCUCAGUAUGCGUGGCAGACCUUUGCGUUAUAUUAGGUGGACUCAGUUUGCAAACUGCAGUAGCCCCACUGCCAGCCCAGAAGCAGCGUGGAAUCUAGGAUCUACAGAAAUCCAUCACAGCCCUACCACUUUGCUGAUGGCAUGGCAUAAGGUACACAGGCAGAAUACAUUGGAGCAGUUUGUUAAUGUGGAUACAAAAUACGUUACUUUCUGGGAAGGAACUACAGCUACAUCUGCUAACCCUUUGCCUUAUGAAGAAAAUGCUGCUGAAAUUCCAUCACAGGCAACUACAUUAUCAAUAUCACCAGUAAAAAUACCAGCACGGAUUAUACCUGUUAACAGAACUGUAGAAGGAAAAGGUUUAUUUCCAACAGAUGCUGCUCCUGUAUCAUUAGAAACAUCUGUACUUUGUACGCAACAGGUUGAAAAGCUGAAUCAGGCUUUUGACAUUUUGCUAGCCUUUUUCAUUCUGGCUUGUGCUGUUAUCCUGUUCCUAACCUACAAAAUUAUUUGGUUUAGACAGAAACUAAAGGUGCUGGAAAACUCAGGUGAAAAGAGAAUAGAAUAUUAUGGUUUUUAUCAGCCUGGCAGAUACAACAUAACUAAUCCAGUGCAGUCUCUAACUGAGAAUUCAGUGGGACAUCCAGAACUGGACCAAAUUAGGUUGCUCAAGCGAACAGCAUCAGAAAGUCAGGCACAGGUCAUAUUGUUUGAACAUUCAUCAUUGUAAUUAACCUCAUUUGAUUUGAUAUUUUUUUUUGGUGAUCUGAAAUGCCAAGAAGUCAAGAACUCAAUUUUCUAAAAAAAAAAAUAAAAUAAAAAAAAUAAUAAUAAUCUUUCACUGAUGAAAAUCAGCUGGUUGAUAGAAUUGUAGCAAAUGGUAUAAUUUGGGUUCUGCAUCAUCAUUUGCUUCCUGAAUGUUCUGAUUUUUUUAUUAGAUGUCAUUUAAAUCUGAUAUGGAUAGGUAUAUUAUCAUCUUUCCGUGUUGUAAGAUUAUUUCUAUGAUUCAAAUAUGUAUGCAGGAAAAAGUAUGUUGAUUUAUUUUGCAGUACUUACUGGUAUUAAGUUUCUGUAGAAAUUGCAUAGCUAACUUAAAGUUAAACGUCAGUUUUUAGCAGGAUCGUAGAGGCAAGAAAUGUGGGGGAAUGGGAA